AGGCCCAGAGGCCGCGGUCCUCGGCGGCGCGGGGCCGAGGCCGCCGCCAGCAUGGCCGGCACGGCCGGCUCGGCCGUGGGCUCGGCGGCGGGCGCGGCCUUCCCGAGCCGCUCAGCGCAGGAGCACCUCAUGUACCUGCAGGAGAAGGUGAACCCGAUCCUGGAGGCCCUAGUGACGGCGGUGCUUCUGGAGCGCCCGGAGGAGCCCGAUUUCUUCAUGCUCAAGUUUCUCCUCGAGGGGCAGCGGAGCGGCUCUGCGACGACGGACGAGGUUGCAGAGCUCAGGACGGAGAUCGAGAAGCUCAAGGAGCGCAAGGCCCAGCUGGAGGCCAAGAAGGCCAGCAGCAGCACCGACUCGAGGACAGAUGCCCAGCCGUCCGAGAGCAAGCCCGACGAGCCCGCGAAGGCGGUCGACGAGGAGGACGAGGACGAGGACGAGGAAGACGACGAAGGGCCAGACGAGAUCCCGGAACCCCUGAAGAUGAACCGGGGGCCCCGGCAGAGCGUCUCCGCCGAGGCGUAUGGCAUGUGGAAUCAGAAGAGCCUUGAUUUCGUCGCCCCAGUGUACGAUAAGACCGCGGAGCAGAAGACGCGGAUCGAGACUUGUCUGGAGAGUUCUUUCUUAUUCAACGGCCUGGACAAGCAGGAUUUAAACACGCUGACACUCGCCUUUAAGGAGAAGAAGGUCACGGCUGGCGAACGUGUUAUCCAGCAGGGCGACGACGGAGAGUGCAUGUACAUGCUCGAGACGGGCGCGGUGGAUUGCCUGAAGAAGAUGGGGGACGAUGAGAAGGUCGUCAAGACUUGUGGCAGCGGCGAGGUGUUCGGCGAGCUGGCCUUGCUUUACAACUGCGCCCGAGCAGCCAGCGUGGUCGCCAAAGAAGACGGCACGUUAUGGUUGCUGGAUCGGGAGACGUUCAAUUAUAUUGUAAAGGACGCCGCGUCGAAGAAGCGGGACACAUACACUGAAUUCUUGAAAAAGGUCCCCUUGUUUGCCAACAUAGACAUGUACGAGAUGAUGACGAUAGCCGACGCGUUGAGGGUUGAGACGAAGAAGAAGGAUUCCCAGGUCAUACAGCAGGGCGACGUCGGCGACAAAUUUUACAUCGUUCUGGAUGGCGAGUGCGUGGCGAAGCAGAGUUUGGUCCCGGGGCAGCCCGAGCAGACCAUGAUGGUUCACAAGGUCGGCGACUACUUCGGAGAGCUCGCUCUCAUCAAGAACCAGCCUCGCGCGGCCAGCGUGUACUCUUCCGAGGAGACCAAGCUCCUCUCGCUGGACCGGCAGACCUUCAAGCGGCUGCUGGGUCCGAUCGCGGAGAUUUUGCGCAGGGAGGCGGUGCGAUACGAGAAGCCUGCAGCUCUGGAUAAGGCCAAAUAGGCGAAGUCAUUAACCUUCCCUUGCUGCGCAGUGUCGCCCCGUAAUGUAGCUUAGCUGCAUGCCUCCUGUUGCUUCCCCCAUGCCCCCGUCACUCCCCUCUCUCGACUCGUUGCCUCGCUGGUCUGCCUGGUAUCCCUCCUCCUCCAAGUGGUCCUUGUUGCACCAGCUGAGGCCGUUUCGGUACAAGCCGUUGGCCCCCCUGCAGGCGUCUGUCAGGCCUGCCCGCACGCCAGACACAAGCUUAGAACGACGGCGACGCCGUCGCUCCUGGCGACAGAGCCCGGACGCGACGGGCAGAGGGCACCAGCUGCGAGCACCGCCGCUGCUGUCGCGGGGAAGCCGACGACCACAGCGUGGUGCCACUGUCUGGAACGGCUCUGGCGAGACUUCCUCGAAGACCGCCUGGGCGCUGAGGGAGGCGACCGUUCGGUCGCGCUCUUGCCAUUACCUGGCCGCCCUGCAGCGUCCCACUGCGGUGCCAGCUGGGUGGCCCCCGCGGGCGCGGCCGGGUGACUGUGCGUUGUGCUUCGCCGUGCGUCAUCAUCGCCACCGCCACCGCCAUCACCGUCAUCACCACCAUCACC